AUGGCCGCAAAGGAAUUUAGCGCUUACCACAACCCACGACCAUGGAUGGUACGACGCCCUAUUCGAGUUCGAUCGCGAACCAACACUCCCGCUCCCCUGAGGAUCACUACGGAGAUAUCCGAAGACGCCAAGUUGAAGCCGGUUUCUGUUCACGAUAUGGGAAUUAUUUCUCCUGCGGUGUCCACUCCAGCCAUACCUCCUGCUGCACCAGAAGAUUCCGGCGAACCGACCGGCAGAGGUGCUACCAACGAGUUGAUUGCCAAGGAAGUUGAUGCAAGCGAGCUGCCUCUACCCGCGUCUCCGCCAAUCGAUUGUCGAUUCACGGACUUUUCGAACUUGCUGGGCAUCAACGUCCAUCCUCCACCAGAGGAUGAGGCUGUUGCCAUGCCUAACGACGAGCCUGCACCGUAUUGCCGUGCCGCACCCGACGAGGAUCUCUAUGGAUGGGAUGCCGAGCUUGAGCGGCAAAGCCAGCAAAGCAGUCCAGUUUUACCGUGCCCGUGCGACGCUGAUUACCAAUACCGACGGACGAGCAUGACGAAGCGUAGUCUCUUGCACCGAGUCUUCAGCAUGGGAGGUUCGCCCAAAGAUAUCAACAUUGAAGUGUGCAGAGCUAGUAGCACCUCUAGCUAG